AUGCCAUCAGAUGCCUCUUGCCAGAUGCUUCGAGAUUGGCCACCCAUGCCCUCGGCUUCGAACCUGUUUGCUUCACCUCGGUCUCUGAUUAGCAUGUCGGCGACUUCCUUCCUGACUGAGGGAAGUCGGCGUCUUUUGUAAACUUGACAAACGUCAUCGUGCGCUCGACAGCACGUAGCUCCUUCCUCGAUAUAAGUAUUCCUGUUCGUCCUCUUUCCAUCCCUCGAACAAACAUCUUGAAAGAACCCUGCCUUCGUCAACGACCAUGGACAACAUUCCGACCACCAACGAGACCAAAGGCCAGCCCGAGUCGCUCACAAACAAGGUCCUCGAGACUGGAGCUGGCGCAACACAGAACUUCGCCCCACCAAAGCGUAUCUGCGCCCAUCUGAAUGCUUUCCACGCCUACGCCAAUGAUCUUACUCGUUGUGUCGAGACCAACCACUACUGUGCUCACUUGAACGAUGAGGUGCGACAAUGCCUCCUCUACGACUCGCCAGAACCAAACGCCCGUCUCAUCGGCAUCGAGUACAUGAUCAGCGCCCGUCUCUACGAAACUCUUGAGCACGAAGAGCACAAAUACUGGCACUCGCACGUCUUCGAAGUCAAGUCUGGCAUGCUCCUUAUGCCCCGCCCCACUGGUAUUCCUGCAGCUGUCUGGGAGGUUGCAGAGAACAAAGAGAUGGAAGACGUUGUCACACUGUACGGCAAGAUCUUCCACUUGUGGCAGACAGACAAGGGUCACAAGCUUCCUCUGGGCGAGCCUCAGCUCAUGACCAGCUACACCGACUAUAACCAGUUCGACUUUGAUGAGAAGGUCGGAGACAGAGACAGAAGGUUUGGCGAAGACCACCGUCACAAGCGUGAGGUUCGCGAGUACAUCAAGGAGCCCACCAUCCACCCAGACGCUGAUGCUGCAUGGCACGGAACUUCUGACGGCAAACAACAGGCACACCCUUCCGUCAAGCAGGACAGUCACAGCGCUGCCUAACUGCUGUCUGCAUGACACACUUUUAAUGAAUAUCACGAAAUAAUCAUUCCCUUCCCUCUCUGUGCAGGAACUCCUUGACUUCAUUGAAACUGCGAUCUCCUGGAUCUGUCCGCCGUUGACCUAAUGUAUAGUCGUGGUUCUUUCCUCGUUGGUCGGGGCGGACGUCGAAGUCGAAGCAGUUCAUUCAUCACCAAACCGAGCUCUCAGCCGACCGAGGUGUCUUUGUAAGAUGCCAUCGAAUCACGAGACGAUUUUCCAUGUAGGUACCAUCUCGAGAGAGCACAAGAGGUUAUCCGCUCUCAGUGAACACGUAUGUGAUUGCCAAACCCAUCCUGCCUUUUGAUAGCUGC